UAGUCAAUUAAUUGUUUAAUUUUAAUUAGAAUAAUUAUAAAUAUAUAUCAUAAUGUCUAAAGCUGUUGGUAUUGAUUUAGGUACUACCUAUUCAUGUGUUGCUCAUUUCUCCAAUGAUAGAGUUGAAAUCAUUGCUAAUGAUCAAGGUAAUAGAACCACUCCAUCUUUCGUUGCUUUUAACGAUUCUGAAAGAUUAAUUGGGGAUGCUGCCAAAAAUCAAGCUGCUAUGAAUCCUGCUAAUACCGUUUUCGAUGCUAAACGUUUAAUUGGUAGAAAAUUCGAUGAUCAUGAAGUUCAAGGUGAUAUUAAACAUUUCCCAUUUAAAGUGAUUGAUAAAGCUGGUAAACCUCAAAUUCAAGUUGAAUAUAAAGGUGAAACUAAAGUUUUCUCUCCAGAAGAAAUUUCUUCCAUGAUUUUAACUAAAAUGAAAGAAACUGCUGAAAAUUUCUUAGGUACUAAAGUUAAUGAUGCUGUUGUUACUGUUCCAGCUUAUUUCAAUGAUUCUCAAAGACAAGCUACCAAAGAUGCUGGUUUAAUUGCUGGUUUAAACGUUUUACGUAUUAUUAAUGAACCAACUGCUGCUGCCAUUGCUUAUGGUUUAGAUAAAAAAUCUGAAGAUGAAAAGAAUGUUUUAAUUUUCGAUUUAGGUGGUGGUACUUUUGAUGUUUCAUUAUUAUCUAUUGAAGAAGGUAUUUUUGAAGUUAAAGCAACUGCUGGUGAUACUCAUUUAGGUGGUGAAGAUUUUGAUCAUAGAUUAGUUAAUCAUUUCAUUGCUGAAUUUCAAAGAAAAAAUAAGAAAGAUUUAUCUUCUAAUCAAAGAGCUUUAAGAAGAUUAAGAACUGCUUGUGAAAGAGCUAAGAGAACUUUAUCUUCAUCUGCUCAAACUUCAAUUGAAAUUGAUUCUUUAUAUGAAGGUAUUGAUUUCUAUACUUCUAUUACUAGAGCUAGAUUUGAAGAAUUAUGUCAAGAUUUAUUCAGAUCUACUUUAGAUCCAGUUGAAAAAGUUUUAAGAGAUGCUAAAGUUGAUAAAUCAGCUGUUAAUGAAAUUGUUUUAGUUGGUGGUUCUACUAGAAUUCCAAAAGUUCAAAAAUUAGUUUCUGAUUUCUUUAAUGGUAAAGAACCAAAUAGAUCUAUUAAUCCAGAUGAAGCUGUUGCUUAUGGUGCUGCUGUUCAAGCUGCUAUCUUAACUGGUGAUACUUCAUCCAAAACUCAAGAUUUAUUAUUAUUAGAUGUUGCUCCAUUAUCUUUAGGUAUUGAAACUGCUGGUGGUAUUAUGACUAAAUUAAUUACUAGAAAUACUACUAUUCCAACCAAAAAAUCCGAAACUUUCUCAACUUUUGCUGAUAAUCAACCUGGUGUUUUAAUUCAAGUUUUUGAAGGUGAAAGAGCCAAGACUAAGGAUAAUAAUAUUUUAGGUAAAUUCGAAUUAUCUGGUAUUCCACCUGCUCCAAGAGGUGUUCCACAAAUUGAAGUUACCUUUGAUAUUGAUGCUAAUGGUAUCUUGAAUGUUUCUGCUUUAGAAAAAGGUACUGGUAAAACUCAAAAGAUUACUAUUACUAAUGAUAAAGGUAGAUUAUCCAAAGAAGAAAUUGAAAAGAUGGUUUCUGAUGCUGAAAAAUAUAAAGAUGAAGAUGAAAAGGAAUCUGCUAGAGUUCAAGCUAAGAAUGGUUUAGAAUCUUAUGCUUAUUCAUUAAAGACCACUUUAGGUGAUGAAGAAUUCAAAUCUAAAUUAGAAGCUUCUGAAGUUGAAGAAGUUACUAAAGCUGCUGAAGAAACUAUUGCAUGGUUAGAUGCUAAUCAAACUGCUACUACUGAAGAAUUUGGUGAUAAACAAAAGGAAUUAGAAGGUAAAGCUAAUCCAAUCAUGACCAAAGCUUAUCAAGCUGGUGCUGCUCCAGGUGGUGCUGCUGGUGCUGGAGGAUUCCCAGGUGGUGCUGCUCCAGGUGGAUUCCCAGGUGCUGGUGGUGCUCCAGAUGCUUCCAGUGAUGGUCCAACUGUUGAAGAAGUUGAUUAAACAGAUUAUUGAUUUAAUUUAUUCACAUAUUGUUAUUUAAUUAUUUGUUUGUUUGUUUGUUUGUUAUCUCAUUUUUGUUUAAUAUUUAAAUAUUUUAUAUAUUAUGUUUGUUAAUUGUUUUCUCUCCUUUUUUUAUUAAUG